CUUUUCCCCAAUUUACAGUUUUCGCGAUUUCUGGGGUUUUGAUUUGUUUCUUUGAAAAUUAGCGCCGAUUAAGUCACCCACUUCCCGAUUUCUUCCAUGGAAUCUUGUUUUAUUUCUGAAAAAUGUCUUUGGAAUCUUCUUCUUCAAGUGAUUCUUCUCGAUUUCGCAUUGGGGUCUUGAAAGGCGAUUCAUCCCGAGAAAGUUAACCUACUCCAGCGUCAAAAAUUCUGACAAGGGCUCUCAAGAUCAUCAAAGCUCACGUGACACAACACCUUCUGAAAUCGCAGUUAACUCGAACCCAGGCAGAGUUGUCAUCGAAGUUCUGACUCUCCGUGAUGAGGUCGAAUGAGAGUCUGAUGCUCAACCUCAACCCGACAAAGAAGAGAUGGAAGAAGAUGCUGAGGAGGGUAAAAAGGAAAAUGAAGAUGAUGAUGAGGAGGCAGAAGAAGAAGAUGCAUUCAAGGUUUUGGGAACGUCAAGGGUAAAGCCCAUCCGAAGGUCGGUUUCCAAUCAGGUUAUCCUUACUGCAUCGGGCUCUCAUCUUGCUGGAGAACCUGGUGAGGUAGGCGAUACAUAGGUGGUCUAGGGUUUACCAUUGGAGGCACGUAAGGCUCGUUCAAGAACGUUCUGUAGUUUUCGGUUCGAAUUUCUUCGUAGAGAUCGCGUAGAGAAUGGCUCAAAUUCCAGUUGUGUAUGGAGAGUGGAAGAUUGAGGAGAAUUCAUGGCAUUUUGUUGUUGACAUGGGCAAAGGUGGAAGAAUGUGGUUUUUGAACGAUGGUUGCACCUUGGGGGAGCUUACUGAGAUGGCGCGAGAUGAUUAUAACUUGGGCAAGAAGACUGAGCUCAUCGAGUUAACCUACUCACUACCAGUCUCAAUGUUGCAAACUAUGGCUCCAGAUACACCUCCAAUGCAUGUCACCAAUGAUAGACAAGUUUCAAGCUUGAUUGCGUUAAGCAGAGUGCAUAUGAUACGUCUUUGUGUGUCCACUCGAGUGGAGAUGGAUACUGAGGAGAACCAGGAAGGAUCAGAUGAAGAUUUAGGUGAGGAGUCUGAGGAAAAUUCAGAACAUUCUACCGAUGAUGAGGCAGACAGUUCUGAUGUGAACGAGGAUGGAGAAGAUGUCGACGAUGCAGCUUACUCUGACGGAGAAGAUUACAGUGUCUACGGUAAAGUGAAAGAUGAAGAUGAUGAUGAAGAUGAAGUCUGUAUUGAAAAUGUCAGAAACAGAUAUGGUGAAACAGGAAGCACGCCCAUGUCAUGGUCUGAUAAUAUAUAUGUUAGGGCAAGUUUCCCUACAAAAGAGAAGCUGUUAUCAGAGGUUAGAUUGACUGCGAUAAUGUUAAAAUUUGCUUUUAAAAUAGAGAAGUCUACCAAGACCCUGUUUGUGGCUAAAUGUCGAGUGGAAGGAUGUGCUUGGAUGGUUAGAGCGAGCGUGAAGAAUGAUGCAUCCACUUUUUGGGUGACAAAAUAUGUGAAAGACCACACAUGUUCAAUAACCCAUCGAAUGGCUCAGCGUGGUAAGUCUACUCCUAAGUAUAUUGGCAAGCUGUUUAUAAGCCAUUUGGGCAUCAUUGAUGGACUUACACCAGAACAUGUCAGGGUUUCAAUGAAGCAUAUGUUUGGCAUCAAGAUGGAUUACAUUACUUCAUACAGAUCUUUGAUAUAUGCCCAACAAUUGGUCAGGGGAACAGCUGAAGAUGGAUAUGCGAGUCUCCCAGCUUACCUACAUUCAGUGAACAAAGCCAAUCCGGGAAAUGUAUCAGCUCUUCAUGUAGAUUCGAAUAACAAAUUCAAAUAUCUAUUUUUCGCAUUUGGAGCAUCGAUUGCCGGUUUUCAGUACAUGAAAAGAGUUAUUGUGGUUGAUGGAUGUCAUCUAACAGGGAAAUACGAAGGUACUUUGUUGGUUGCCACCGCAUAAGAUGGAAACUUUCAGAUUUUUCCUUUGGCCUUUGGAAUUGUUGAUGGUGAAGAUGAUGCUUCAUGGGAAUGGUUUUUUUCUAAACUGCGUGAAUGUGUCUCCGAUGGUUAUCCUUUGGUGAUAGUUUCUGACAGACAUCUUUCUAUUAAGAAAGCUUGUCAAACUGUUUUCCCAUGGGCAAAACGAGGGAUAUGCUACUACCAUCUACAACAUAACAUAGUAACGAAGUUUAGGGGGAAGCAGUUGCUGUACUUGGUAAAACGUGUGGCUUAUGCUUACAACAUCUAUUACUACAACCGGUACAUGGCGGAGCUGAGACAGAUCAAGCCUGACCUUGCUGACUAUUUGGAAGAAGCCGAUGUCUCCCUUUGGUCCCGAGUUCAUUUUGUUGGAGACAGAUACAAUAUUAAGACUAGCAAUGUCGCAGAGUCUAUAAAUGCUGCACUUAAGAAGGCCCGUGGCUAUCCCAUUUCAUUCCUCUUGGAUUUCAUACGAGAGAAGCUCGGUCGGUGGUUUUUAAAACGCAGAGAGGAUGUUUUGAGUCUCACAACACAUAAUACUCGGGGAGUGGAGUAUUUGCUGGCAACUCGUGGACAUUAUGCAGAUGCAAUGGAGUUGGACCGAAUUGACACUUGGAGAUACUAUGUGAAAGGAGGAACCAAGAAUUGUAUUGUUGAUUUGCAACAUGGAAUGUGUGAAUGUGGUGUGUUUUAUAUCGAGAAGAUCCCAUGUUCACAUGUUAUUGCAGCUGCAUUAGCCGGUAGGAUAGCUGUGGAUUCUCUAGUAUGUCCGACUUACUCGAAAAAAUACUUGUUUGCUGCAUACUAUGCCAACAUAUAUCCCCAAAUUUCAGAGGUCCAAGGAGUCCAACCAUCAAUAUGUCUGCCACCAGACAUUCACCGCAAACCAGGCAAACGGAAGAAGUCUCGGUGGCAAUCAUGGCUAGAAAUUGCUAGGAGGAAAAGCAAGAAGCCAAGGAAGCUGCACAAACUAUACAGCUGCUCACAAUGCAAGCAACCUGGUCAUACCCUACCGAAUUGUACGUCGAAGAUUCACCAGGACAAUAACAAGAAGGCUCCGGAAUAGGAGGACAAAGCUUCUAUUGUUGUCAAGAAGUCUACUAUGGAAGUCAACUAUAGAAGUCUACUAUGGAAGUCUACUGUCAAAUUCUACUAUGGAAGUCUACUGUCGAAGUCUUCUAUGUAUGUGAUAUUUUGUUUACGGUUAUGUUUGAAACGACUUCAUUUAAGUAACUGCUUUAACGACUUUAACGGUGUGUAUAACCGUUGUACCUGUUUGUCUACGGUAUUUCUGCUUAUAAAUUCUCGGGUUUAGACGAAUUAUAGUUUCAUUCCAGACCCUUAGAAGAUGUCGAACCUGAUAAACUUCAACUCUCUCCCUUCCGACAUUCCGUGGGAUAUCCUCUUAAAAAUCACAUCUCGUUCAUAUGCUGCGCUCUGUAAAGCAAGGGUUUUCUCCAAACAUCUAAACGAGAUUUCUAAUGAAAAGAGUUUUUUAAGAGUCGUUGAUCUAAUAACUUUGACCAUUCCAUGGGUCUUUGAUCAACAUGGGAGGGUUGACGCAUUCUUUCGGCGCUGUUUGGAGUGUAGAAAUCCUACAGCGCAAUACCUACGAGGCGUUUCUCUAAUCUUCUAUGAAGACCGCAUCCAAGCAGGGUUAGAUUUAAUAAAGGUGUCAUCAAAUGGAAGAUGUCUCAUGGCUACUUACUCCAUGGUUAUGUUCUUUUUAACCAUGGAUGGCAGCCAUGAUGUAUUUAACCACAUUCGUGGUCUACUUCCGGCAGAGGCAACAAAGAUGAGGAAGACUAUGCAGCACAUCAACAGGUGUCCGACCACUUAUAAGAAGCCUGACGAGUUUCACGAACCGGUCUUCCAUGUUUUUGCUAAGGCACAAUCAAGGAGUUGUGCUUGUAUGAAUCUGCCAAACCAGCACUGGAUGGAUGAUGAAAGCCUUGUCGAGUCAUAUGGUGACAAACUCUGCAGUCCUUGCUUCUGGAAGUUGGAAUGUGCCAUAUUCUGGAAAACAAUUCCUGGAUUUGCAAAUGAAUGGCCGCGUUGAAAUUAGUUGACUCCAUGUUUUAUGUUUUUGUAUUUACUUAUAUGUUUAAAUGACAUUAGUAGACUUCUGUAGUAGACUUCGUUUGUAAACUUAUAUUUAUUGUAUGCAACAUAUUUAUGAGUUCUACUAAACUUUUUCCGUAUACACUAUCAGGAGUGCAUGUUCAAUAAUAUUUCACAGGAUUCAGUGUUUAGGGUGAAAUCGAAACUUAUAAAUACAAACAUGUUAAUUACUUAGUAGAUUUCAGUACAAAUACAAUUACAACUUAGUAGACUUUUGUUUAAUUACAAUAUCCUGAACGAAAAUACAACAUAUUUGGCAUUUUAAUUAUACGAUAGGUGGCCAAAAAACUUCCACACCUAUCAUCUACCAAUUGCUAAAAUGACAUGCAAUCACAUUGAAGGUCAUUUAUGCAAGUAGCGCAAAAGUUGCCAUAAAAAUGAAAGUUAAUUUUAAAUACGGAUACCCUAAGCU